AUGACAUCUAAUUUGCAGCGGGCAAAGGCCAACCUAGCCGCUCAACAACAGCAGCAACAGCAAUUGUAUCAACCUCAGCUCGAUUCGCUUUCGCCUGCCGUCAGCCGCUCCAACACUUCUGCCCAAGUGCCUCGUCGACCUUCUCCUAUCAAGGAAGAACAUGGCACUGUUUCCCCGCUGACCGCCGCCUUCAGCAGCCCGUUGGCUACUACCCAGACUGCAUCUACCGAGUCGACAUCUUCAUCCUCUCGUACCAUUCGCGGGAGUGCCGCCGCUACGCCGGCUGCCAUGCCCUUGCGCACACCCUCGUACCCUUUCCCAUACGUCCCUGGCACCCCACGCACAUGGUCGUCUUCGUUCCACCAACCUUUCACAGCUUUGUCGCCAACCGUCUCGGCUGCACAAUCUGGUGAUAGCAGCACCCCUGGAGGUGCUCCUAUAUCUGGCGCAACCACUCCUGCCGCUUCCGGUGCGGCUUUUGCUCCCUCAGGCUUCGAGUUUGGUCCCAAUCAGGAUCCUCGCUUCCCCACGCCAAAUGUUUAUGAUCUUGUCUUGCAGCUCAACUCGGAACCCGGCUUAGAGGCUUGGUGGUCAACAGUGGCAAACAUAAUGAACGAUGUCUACAAGGCGGAUCGUGCGAGUCUUGCCCUGCCCGCCGAUUCAAAUGACAUUGAGAAUGUGCCAUGGGGCCAGAAGACCACUUUCAAUGCUGCUGGCCGCGAGGAUGAUUCGAAUGGAAGCCAGGGUUCAAAUCAGGCACCGCCGCCUCCUAUCGUGUCCUUGCCUCCACGUUCCACUCCAGAUCCAUCUCCUCUCAGUCGCAUUCGUCCCAACCUUGAGUCUCGCCAUUCCUACGCUGGAUAUACUUCUGCCGACACACCGCAGCCGCGACGUGGUUCAACAUACGAGGAAUACGAGCAAUACCCACCUUCGCCUUGGGCUCAAUCACCCGCACCUUCACCUGCCAUGCAAGCCGAUCCAGAAAACAACCCCUUCUUCGUCGCAGAGGAAAGUGUCGAAGACUCUUUCAACCCCACUGAGGCUACUCAUGAUUAUUCACAUUUAGAACCGGUAGAGGCUAUUGGUGUCGACCGUGCUCAUACUGUCGUGCACAUUCCUCUCAUUCAUCCGACCCUAUCGCCAAUAAUGCACAACUACCAAUCUCCCAACCCUGAGGCUCGUCCGGACAGCCGGGCACAAUCAGUGUCACAAGUAUCGUCCGGCGAACGGAGAGCUCCAAUUGCCAUUCUUUCCAUUCUCAGCCCGGCAGUGCCAUACCCUCAGAAUUUAGUACAAUCGCUUAAACUUCUUGGGCCGCACCUUGCGACUUCUUACUACAUGGCUCACCAGUACACUAAUGCGCACAACCAAGCCAUGGGUAUUCGACACCGCAAAUCCAUCUCUGGACACAACGUCGGCUUUGCACCAUUGAACAUUGCGCCUGGCAACUUGGAUGAUCUCAUCCGCGCAGACCUGGACGAAGUGGCAGGCUCUAUAUCAGGUAGUAUGACCAGUCCCUCCGAUUACUCUGGUCGGUCUCGCCAUAGCCCUUCUGGCUCAAUAGUUGGAACCCCAGGAUGGGACCCAUCGGCUUUUGGACUCAAUUCCAAUAGCAAGUCGGUGGCUGGUACCCCAGCUGGUCUUCGCGGGUCGGAGAUUGUCGACAGCUACUUCGACGCCAAGAAGCAUCGAUCAGGCGUCGCUGGCAACCAGACUUCGUUAAUCACUCCUGCGAAGGACAGAAGCAAGAGAAUAUCUAUUUCCGGUGCAGACGACGAGCAUAUUACACCAAAAAGUGAACGACGACCCAGACAACAACGUUCAGCAAUAGAAGACAAGUCUCCAUUCAGAUCCGCCGACAAGCGCCAUUCUGUCCUGCACUCCUACGGUGCCGAUUUCAGCUCGUCCUUCCAAGGUCUCCCAGCUGCAACUACGCCAGGCCCUAGAACACCUGGGCUUUCUACUCAUGUCAGGACAUCGUCGGUUUCCGAAGAUAUGCCUCCACCUUCUGAGCGAUUACUGCGUACAAUCAUUGACUCUCUGCCUGUGCAAAUUUUCACCGCUGCUCCUGGUUCUGGUGCGCUGACCUGGGUCAAUUCCAAGUUCUUGGUUUACCGUGGGCAUGAUUCUAGGCAGGUCUUGAAAGAGCCAUGGCAAGCAAUUCAUGCCGAAGACAGAAGCAAGUACAUGGAUAGCUGGAAUAGAUCGUUGAGAACAGGUCAGCAAUUGCAACAAAAGAUCCGUCUACAAAGAUUCGAUGGUAACUACCGUUGGUUCUAUGUUCGAGCUGCGCCAUUGAAGGACAAGAAGCAAAACAUCGUUCACUGGAUCGGCACCAACAUGGACUUCCACGAACAACAUCUGGCUGAGUUGAACCUUGCACGUCAGCAAGAGACUGCUGCUUCUGAAGCAAAGUACCGAGCAUUGGCCAAUUCAAGCCCUCAAGUAGUUUUCACUGUCAACAAAUCGAGGGGUAUCACCUUCUGCAAUUCGCAAUGGCUCAACUAUUCCGGCCAAGACGAGUCUCAGGCUUUGGGUAUCGGCUUCAUGGAGCACGUUCAUCCAGAUGACAUCGUCAAGUGCAGGCUACCGGCUUUCGAGAAUGAUUCGGUGAAUGCUACUAAUGUCCCCACUACUGUACCGCCUGAGCCACAACGAGCCCACUCUUCUUCAGCUCAAUCGUCAGCUCAAUCCUCCGCUUCGUCAGACACAGAGCGUGCACCUACGAGUCCCCUCAACACGUCACCUACCACUCAGCUACCUCAAGCAAGACUGUCCCAACUGGCCUCGACUGGUAUCCUCAAGGUCUCAAGAGACGCUGAUGGAAAGCCUUCUUAUUCUACUGAAGUCAGGCUGCGUUCAAAGGACGGCGAGUACAGGUGGCAUCUUGUUAGGGUUCUGCUCGCAGAGCGUGAUCUUCAAGAAGACGAAGAGGAGACUUGGUAUGGUACUUGCACCGACAUCAAUGACCACAAGGCUCUAGAACGUGACUUGAAGGAAACCAUGGAUGAAAAGUCUCGUUUCUUGAGUAACAUGUCUCACGAGAUUCGCACGCCUCUCAAUGGUAUCACGGGUAUGGUCAACUUCUUGAUUGAUAGCAGUUUGACUUCGGAACAAAUGGAGCACGUCAACAUCAUUAGAGCUUCUACCGAAGGAUUGCGUGGCCUUAUCAAUGACAUCCUGGAUCUUUCAAAGGCUGAGGCUGGCAUGAUUCAACUUAACAUGGAUUGGAUGCACGUGCGUUCACUGAUCGAAGAAGUUAACGACCUGACUUCUGCAAUGGCUAUUGAUAAAGGACUCGAGCUUAAUUAUCUUGUCGAACCCAACGUACCCUCUCAAAUCAAGGGUGAUCGUUUCCGCAUUCGCCAGAUCCUGCUCAACAUCAUCGGCAAUGCGAUUAAGUUCACGCAGAUUGGUGAAGUCUUUGUUCGCUGCAGCGUGCCUCAGGAUGAAGAAAAUCUACCUACUGAUGAUUCAAUGUACAUUCGAUUCGAGAUCAUGGAUACCGGCCAGGGCUUCACAGAGAAGGAGGCACAAUACCUGUUCAAACGAUUCAGUCAGAUCGACGGAAGUAGUACUCGUCAACACGGUGGCACAGGACUCGGACUCGUCAUCUCACGUCAACUCGCCCAAUUGCACGGAGGUGACAUGUAUGCAAGAGGUGUUCCUGGUAAAGGUGCUACCUUCACUUUUGUCAUCAAAACGUCUUUGCCAACUGGAGACGACAAGCCGCCUCCGCCCCCUGCUACUCCAGGCCCUGCACUACUACCUGGUACACCCAUGACACCCUCGCCUGUGCCGACAAUAACGCAAGACCCCAGGCUAUCCAACACGCUCAAUCUUCCUCUCAGGGCCUCGCCCAAGAUAUUCCACUUGCCUCCCAUGUACUCAAUCCUGGUUGUUUGCCCUCUCAAACAUGCUCGUGAAGCAACGGUCCAACACAUGGACAUGACGCUGCCCAAAAACAUUCCACACAAGAUCACAGCUAGGGAAAAUGUGAUGGAAUGCCAGAAGAUGAUCGGAGGGGAUGAUCCCAUGAUAUUCUCGCACAUUGUCUUGGUCCUUCAAUCGGUACCGGAGAUCAUUGCGUUUGUGCAGCAAGUCUUCACUUCAGCUCCUCAUUCGUCGACGCAGUUAGUGCUCAUUACGGAUUUGCAACAACGACGAAAGCUCGUCGAGCAAGCACCGCAGUUUGACUACGAUGCUUUGGCCAAGGAGCGCAGGAUGCAAUUCAUCUUCAAGCCACUCAAACCAAGCAAGUUUGCUGCCAUCUUUGACCCACGCAAGGAGCGCGAAAUGAGCACCGAUCGCAACCAAGAUUCAGCUCAGCAAGUGGCUGUUAGUCAGAAGCAAGUGUACGAAGAAAUGACACGCAGAUUGGGCAACAAGAAUAAGCGAGUCCUACUGGUGGAAGAUAACAGAGUCAAUCAAAUGGUUCUGCUCAAAUUCCUCAGCAAGGUUAACGUCAAGGUCGACACAGUAUUGGAUGGUGUACAAUGCACCGAAAAGGUGUUUGCCAACCCUCACGGAUACUAUUCUAUCAUUCUAUGCGACCUUCACAUGCCCAACAAGGAUGGCUAUCAGACUUGCCGAGAGAUUCGCAAGUGGGAGAAGAAGAACAAACAACCUUACCUGCCAAUCGUGGCCCUGUCGGCCAACGUCAUGGGAGAUGUUUACGCCAAAUGCGUAGAUGCUGGAUUCAACAGCUACGUGACCAAGCCAGUCGACUUCAAGGAGCUCAGUACUGUGAUGUUAACGUUCCUGGACCCUGCGGACCCCAAACAACCUAUCGAAUUUAUGAAGCAGAAGAAAUGA